AUGACGAGAAUGCCAUUCACAUUCACCUCCGCGCCCAUUGAGCUCGCCUCUUUCCUCUCCAAUUGGUGGGACGAGAUCAACGAGAACACCCAAUGGCAGGACGGCAUCUUCUACGCUCUCUGCGCUGCCUACGCCCUUGUCUCCUCCGUCGCUCUGUUUCAACUAAUAAGGAUUGAAUUGAGAGUGCCCGAAUAUGGUUGGACCACGCAGAAGGUUUUUCAUCUUAUGAACUUCAUUGUUAAUGGAGUACGAGCAAUUGUUUUCGGAUUUCACCAUCAAGUGUUUGCUUUGCACCCGAAGGUACUAGUAUUGGUCUUGUUGGAUCUUCCUGGACUGCUGUUCUUCUCUACGUACACACUUCUUGUUCUCUUCUGGGCAGAGAUAUAUCACCAGGCAAGAAGUUUACCAACAGAUAAGCUCAGGGUUGUUUAUAUUUCAGUCAAUGCUGCAAUGUAUUUUAUACAGGUUUGCAUCUGGAUAUACCUCUGGAUAGACGACAACAGUGUUGUGGAGUUCAUUGGAAAGAUAUUCAUUGCAGCUGUGUCAUUUGUGGCCGCACUAGGAUUUUUGAUAUACGGAGGAAGGUUAUUUUUCAUGCUGAGACGCUUCCCCAUUGAAUCUAAAGGGAGAAGGAAGAAACUUCACGAGGUUGGAUCUGUUACAGCCAUAUGUUUCACCUGCUUUCUUGUAAGAUGUUUUGUGGUUGUCCUAUCUGCUUUUGAUACAGAUGCAUCACUUGAUGUUUUGGAUCAUCCAAUUUUGAAUGUGAUCUAUUACAUGCUGGUUGAGAUCCUGCCUUCAGCGCUAGUCCUUUACAUCUUGCGCAAAUUGCCCCCGAAGAGAGUAUCAGCUCAGUAUCAUCCUAUCCGUUAG